AUGAUAACACCCAGGCAGCAUUUACACCGGACAGCUUUCAAACCAGACAACAUUCAUACCGGACAUUAUUCACACUGGACAUCAUUCACACAAGACAACAUUCACAAUGGCGGCAUUGACAUCGGGCAAUAUUCACAUUUGGCAGCAUUCACACCGGACAGUAUUCACACCGGGCAGCAUUCACACCGGACAGCAUUCACACCGGACAGCAUUCACGCUGGACAGCAUUCACUACGGGCAGAAUUCACACCGGACAACCUUUACACCGGACAGCAUUCACAUCGGAGAGCAUUCAUACCGGACAGAAUUCACACCGGACAGCAUUCACAACGGAUAGCAUUCACAUCGGGCAGCAUUCACACCGGGCAGCAUUCACAGCGGACAGCAUUCACAUCGGGCAGCAUUCAUACCGGACAGAAUUCACACCGGACAGCAUUCACACCGGACAGCAUUCACAUCGGGCAGCAUUCAUACCGGACAGAAUUCACACGGGGCAGCAUUCACACCGGACAGCAUUCACGCUGGACAGCAUUCACACCGGACAGCAUUCACACCGGGCAGCAUUCACAGCGGACAGCAUUCACAUCGGGCAGCAUUCAUACCGGACAGAAUUCACACCGGACAGCAUUCAUACCGGACAGCAUUCAUACCGGGCAGCAUUCACGCAUUGCAGCAUUCAAACUGGGCAGCAUUCACACCGGGCAAAAUUCACUACGGACAGCAUUCACACCGUACAGCAUUCACACCGGACAGCAUAUACACCGGACAGCAUUCACACCGGACAGCAUUCACACCGGGCAGCAUUCACACCGGACAGCAUUCACACCGGACAGCAUAUACACCGGACAGCAUAUACACAGGACAGCAUUCACACCGGACAGCAUUUACACCGGACAGCAUUCACACCGGACAGCAUUCACACCGGACAGCAUUCACACCGGACAGCAUUCACACCGGACAGCAUUCACACCGGACAGCAUUCACACCGGACAGCAUUCACACCGGGCAGCAUUCACAACGGACAGCAUUCACACCGGACAGCAUUCACACCGGACAGCUUUCACACCGGGCAGCAUUCACACCGGACAGCAUUCACACCGGACAUCAUUCACAACGGGCAGCAUGAGGGGAACACAACUAAGGUUUAAGCCUGUGAUGACCCCCUUAUCCCCAGGACAGGGACAUGCAUUCCAACCACUCUGA